AGAAGAUCUCGUGCUUUCAACAGCUUCAAGGUCCGAGCAAAGCACACUAUCACCUGUUUGCUCUCUCUGUUCAUUCCUACAGCUCAUUUGCUGCGAGUUUGGCGAGCACUCAGCCGACUGCAGCGACAUUUGAUUGUGGCAAGCAAGAGGAAGGUCUGGGCCGAGAACUGUGCAUCUAAACUCCCUUAAUUCGAGCCCGCACGCGAGCACAUCUUCCCGUUCUUGCUUGCAGAUCCACGUACGUCACGACUUGAACUUUGACUUCUUUCGACUUGUGCAACACAACAUAGCAGCUCAACUGCUAUCAACGCCAUUGCAGCGGACAAAUUCAUCAGAGAAGAGGGCAACAUAAUCGUUACCCUAGACUCUGCGGCAGACCUCACAAUGUCCGACGAUCCAUCUACAUCGGCCGGGCCAUCACCCCUCUCCGCCACCACUAUCCCAUCCAGCUUCGAUUCGUCGCCUGAAUUCUUCGAGGAAUCCCGCUUUCAAAAGCUCUGGCGCAAAAUACGUCAAGAACCGCUAAUCCCCCUGGGCUGCGUGGCGACAUGCUACGCCCUGUAUAUGGCGACCAAAUCCAUCCGCGCAGGCGACCAUCAUCAAACUAACCGGAUGUUCCGCGCCAGAAUCUACGCGCAGGGUUUCACGUUGCUGGCUGUCGUGGCGGGCAGUAUCUUUUACAAGGAUGAGAGGAUGAGGAGGAAGGAGUUCGAGUCGAAACUGGAGGAGAAGAAGACCGCGGAGAAGAGGGAGAAGUGGUUGGCGGAGCUCGAGGCCAGGGACCAGGAAGAUAAGGAGUGGAGGGAAAAGAUCGAGAAGGCGAGUCGAAUCGCGAAAGAUACGAGCGAGGAUAUCAGGGACAAGGCGGACAAAAUGAUUGAAGGUGGAAACGAGGGGCUGCAGAAGGCCCAGGAACAAUUGACCUCCCCCGAAGCGGCUGGAGCAGGAGACAAGAAGAAGAGCGGUUGGGCUAUCUGGAAUAAGAGCGUGCUGGAGGAAGUGAAUGAAGAUGGGUGGGGUCCCGGUAUGUGGGCGAAGAGAACAAGGGAUGCUUGGAAGAGGCUUUGAGGCCGUCAUCCGAUGUGUUCGGGCAAGCGGUUCUGGAUGAGAGUUCACAACAUGUCGCCACUCUUCUUUUGACAGGUUCAUUGUAAAAAGUGAAACAUAUCUGCGGGGUAUAACUAUGAACAAGAUCUUCAAGUUGCAAUGCCUGCACCCUUGGCUC